CUUAGCAAAGCCGCAGUUUUGGCCUCCGUUAAGAUGGCCGCUCGAGUGAGCCGCGUUGACUCGAGCUCGGUCGUGGUUUCUGAUGGAGGUUUGGCUCCGUUUCAGUCUGAGGGUCUUCUGUUCAGCGCGGGGGCUGAGCUCGACUCUCUGCAGGCUGGAGGAGAGCCGUUCCGCCGCUGCAGCGCCAAGCUGAGAGCUCUGAGCGCCUCUGGAGGAGCGACAGUGAAGACCGAGCUGAACCUGCUGCUGGACGAGCUGCUCUCCCACAACUACAGCCUUCAGAACAGUGGCCACAACAUAACAGCACAGGACGUGUGUGUGGUGAUCGUCCAUGCCAGUCGCCUGAUUCCUCACAGCCAAGAGCACCUUGUGAUCAAACUGUGCCAGCUGAUUCACCAGCUGCUAAACCAGCUACAGGUGAUUGUGGAUGAGCAGACACUCUACACACUGGUAUCAUACUGCACACGUGCUCUGCGGACAUGCAGCUCAUGGACCCACUCUGAGAUAUUGCUGGCUGUCUCAUCGCUGGUGUAUGGCAAUGGGCCGAGAUGCCAGCAGCACCUUCCAGAGCUCAUUGGACCAAAUGGUGUUCUUCUAAAGUAUGGUGACCCCAAGCAGACUGACAUAGAACUGCGGCGCUCGUCUGUACACUGCCUGGCCAACCUUUGUCUUGGUGUUCCUGGUCAUCCUUAUUUGGAGGAAUCUUACAAAGGAGUUUGUUACAGAAUCUUCUUGCACAAUCUUCAGUCUCUGAAGCCGUCUGAUGUUGAAGAUGUGGUCUUUUGCACGUUGUUGCAGAGUUCCCUAAAAGGCAUUCAGUAUUUUCUGAAUGGGGCAAAAUGGAAGUCUACUCCUGAUCAGGACUUGGGCACCCUAUUGGCUCUACUCAAGAAAUAUAUGUUCUAUGGGUUGCCUGGAAUAAAUGUGGAGAUGCCUCAGGUUCUGUACCCAGCGCCUCUCCCCCAGUAUGAGGCAGUUCCUGCAGCCAAAGCUGAACCUGCACAGGAUGUACCAGCCCAGAGAAAAACAUCAGGGUCCCAACAGAAUAAGAAGCGAAAGUCACGGGGGAAAGGGAAGAAGGCCAAAGCAGAGGGGAAGACAGAUGGUGGACCAGAGGAAGGAGAUGAUGAGGAGCCAAUCUCGGUCCCCGUCAGGACUGGAGGAGGUGGGGGAGCAGGACGGGGAGAGGGACGGAUUGGGUGGCCCAAAACCUCCAACCCCCUCACUCUGCCUCUGCAGACAGGAGCCCACUCCCAGUUUUACCCCAACUGGAAGAAAAACAGCUCCGACUCGGAGUUCUCUGACCCUGAAGGAGGAAUGCAGUCCAAACUCAGGCUUUACCAGGCUCGCGUGCGCCAGAGUGCUCUGCAGUGUUUCCUGGCAGUUGUAAAGAGUGUGGAGAAGAGGGUCCUGCAUGGCUACUGGUCGUCUUUCAUUCCUGACGCUCCUGGAACUGGAAGCCCUCCUUCACUUACCCUCCUCACCAUUGCUCUGAAAGACCCUUCUCCUAAGGUGCGAGCAGCAUCGUUGCAGGUGCUCUCCGCCCUUUUAGAAGGUUCUCGUCAGUUCCUGUCUGCGGCUGAGGACACCAGCACCCCCCGUCAAGCCUUCACUCCAUUUUCCGCUACAUUAGCAGCCAGUCUGAGAGAGCUCCACCGCUGCCUUCUGCUGGCACUGCUGGCCGAGUCCUCCUCCCAGACCCUUAUACAGGUCAUAAAGUGCCUUGCCCACUUGGUGUCUAAUGUGCCUUACAACCGUCUCAGACCAGGUUUGCUCAGCCCUCUGUGGAAACAGAUCCGCCCAUAUGUCCGGCACAGAGAUGUGAAUGUCCGUGUGUCCAGCCUCACUUUAUUCGGAGCGAUAGUCUCUGCUCAGGCUCCUCUGCCUGAGGUGCAGCUCCUUCUGCAGCAGCCCAGCCAGAGCAUGGGACCGGGCACUUCUGGAGGAGCUACGCCACAAGAGCAGUGUCUCAGCUGGAGGCAGCCUGUCCGCAGGGACAGAGAGCCUAAUCUGCCCUCCCCUGGCGGGACUGGUGUGGAUGGUGUUUUGGAGGCACCUUGCUGGCUGCUGCAGUUGUGUGUGGCUCUUGUUACCCAGCCCAGAGACGAGCCCUAUUCCGACAGCGAUGCAGCCGGGUCCACUGGAGGUGCACUGGAGCCUUCCCCUGUCCGCCUUGAGGCACUGCAGGUACUGGCUCAUUUGGUGAAAGGCUACUUCGCUCUGACUCAGACGUCUCUGCUGGAGUUGGCCCAGCUCAGCGCUCGCUGCCUCAGGGAGCAGGAACCCUCUGUGCAGUUACAUGGAGCUAAGUUGCUGGAAGAACUGGGAACAGGGAUUAUUCAACAGUACAGAUCUGAUGCUAGCACUUCUGAGAGUGCCGGUGCUGUGCCUCUGUCUCAGGUAGUGCAGUUCUGGUCUGAGGUUCUGACUGGUCCACUGAUAGGAGCCUUACAGAAUGAUCAGCACCCAACCUUACAGACCAGCGCAUGUGAUACACUCUCCUCCAUCUUACCUCAGGCCUUCAGCCAAUUUCCUGACAAGACUCAGGUGCUCUGCAUUACGAUCUUGCUGGGGCUGACCUACAGUGAGAAUUCUCUGGUAAAGGCAGCUGCAGUGAGAGCACUGGGCGUCUACGUACUCUUUCCCUGUCUGAGAGAGGAUGUGAUGUUCGUGGCAGACACGGCCAAUGCUAUCCUCACCGUUCUGGACGAUCGCUUUCCCAAUGUCCGUGCCAAGGCUGCCUGGUCGCUAGGCAACCUCACUGACACACUCAUUGUCAACAUGGAGUCUGUUGAAUUGGAGUUUCAGGAGGAGUUCUCUGACAUGCUUCUUCUGAAGAUGCUCAGAUCUGCCACUCGAGCGUCUGGAGACAAGGAUAGGGUGAAGAGUAAUGCUGUGCGAGCUCUGGGGAAUCUUCUUCACUUCCUGCAGCCAGCACACCUGAGAAAGCCAGCGUUUCAGCAGCCCCUGGAGCAGGCUAUGAGGGCCCUUAUAGAUACAGUCAAGGGAGAUGCUACUAUGAAGGUGCGCUGGAAUGCCUGCUAUGCUCUGGGUAAUGCAUUCCGAAACCCUGGCCUCCCUCUGGGCACUGCCAGCUGGUCUGAAGAGGCCUACUCCGCCCUCUCAUCUGUCGUCACUUCCUGUAAGAACUUCAAAGUACGCAUCAAAUCUGCUGCUGCUCUGUCUGUUCCUGCAUCACGUGACCGCUAUGGAGACACGCGGCAGUUUGCCGAAGUGUGGUGUGCCUUGGCCCAAGCUCUGGAGCACAGUGAGGAGACGGAGGAUUUCCUUGAAUAUCGCUAUUGCACUAGUUUACGCACCGAACUCUGCCAUGCUCUCCUUCACCUGCUGUCCUUGUGCCAACUGGACGAUCUAGCCAAUGUGCAGGCAUCACUGAACAGCCAAUCAAAAGCUGUGCUUUUGGGCUUCCUGGUUCACUAUCUCAGUGAUGUUGCUCUGGUUUCCAGGCCUGAGGAUGUAAGCGGGGAGGAUGCAGGAGAUCAAAUGGAGCCGAGGGACAGACUGAAGGAGCUGGAGCAGGCCCUGAGUAGACUGAAGGAGCUGGAAGGUGAAGAUAGAGUGGAUAGUAAGUCUGAUUUGGACACGGUAAAGAUGUUUUUAGAGGAUGUCUCAAAGAGCUGUGAGACAAUAAAGGCUGCAGAGGGACUGGAUGCUUCUGUGACUCACACUAACUCACCUCCAAAGUUUUCCUCAGACUGAUGUAAGCAUUACUGUAAUGCAGACGCAAUGAAACUGCAGAUCAUGUAAAGCCAAGCUUCGCAAGCUUGUGAUCUCUUUUGUUUAUCGACCAAUCACAGGUGUUCUCACUUAGUGCCUUUGUUCAGUCAGUUUCCAUGUGUGCGACAUGACUACAGUCUCUGUAUGAAGUCUACAGUUGUUCAUUUCUCUGUACUUGUCACAUAGUUUGCCAAAUCCAAGCAAUUAUUGUCUCUGCAAGGUAUAUGCUAAGGCCUUUAACAUGUGGGAGAUCUACGCCUGCCACUAUAACUUUUUUUUUGCACAAUAUAUUGUCCCAUAAAUUAUUGUGAUUUAAUUAUAUUAGUAUAUUAUUUUAAUUUUAAGAUCUUGUCAUGCCAGUGAUAUAAUGAUAAUAUGGCAUAAUCAUGCUUUCAUUUUUUAAGAGCAAUAAAAUAAUAAUUUAGAAGAAUCUUUAGUCACUUUAAUUGGAAUACAAAAAAGGUUAAAUAUACUAAAUACAUAAAAACAAAGUAAAUAAAAAUACUUUUUUACGUUUUUAAGCUAAGUCAGCAUAACUGCUCAAUCAAAUUAAUUGUCUCUUCUCACUAAGUAAACACAAUUGACAUAAUUGAGGGCAGCAAAAAUAAUUCAGGUUUUGUCUAUACAUCGUAUGAUACAUUAAUAAUGUAUUAAUAAUAUAUUUCUUGUCACUGACAGAACAAAUGACAAAAAAAACAAAUUAUUCAAGUUUCUUUUGCUUCUGAUUGUUUCUUACAGCAACUAAAUGGCAAAAGGAUUUUAAGUGCGCCUUUUAAAAGCCGCUAUCAGUUAGCAGUUCAUCCGACGUACCUUGUUUUAACAAGGUACACGGGCAGACUUCAGUCUAAUAAACUCACCUCUGAAAGGUGAAAGUUAGCAGCAAAUGCUAAUACUGCUGCAUAGGGGUGUCACGAUUCUCUAAACCCUCAAUUCGAUUUUAUUUCCGAUUUUAGGGUGACAAUUCGAUUCUCUUUUAUUUUAUUUAUUUUUUUUUACAGCAGAGAGGCCUAUGCCAGUUUUAGAUUAGUCUGGUCAGUCAUUGCUUUGAUUCAUUAAAUUUACAAUAUCUUAUUUUAAAAGGUGGGCUUGAUAUAAGUGAUGCAAAGUGAUCUGUAAUACACCACAUUAGGCACUAAUGGUCAAAUUUAAAUAAUUUAAUUAAGAUAUAUAUGUAAUGCCAUCUAGUGGCUUUUUUUGGUAGCAGCAGUGUGCACUGUUAAAACAGCAAUGUGCAACAACACAAAAAAAAUACAGAAACAGUCAUGUACAAAAUAAUAGAACCAUUAGAGGCUUAACAAACUGAACUCUAUCCUACUAUAACAGUUAAACAUGAAAAAUAAGACUCGGUCCCUGAGAAUGACAAGUUUUUUUUCUUAAACAAAUAUAUAUUAUUAACUCUAUCUGAGAGAAAGAUGCUCCUUAAGGUACCAAAAUUAUUAACAUAUUUGAGGCUAGACAAAACAACUGUUAUUUUUAUAUUUUCAAGUUUUUCUUUAAGAAGAUGAGAAUGUCCACAUUCUCUGGAGAAAGGGCUGCUCUUUGAGCAGUCACACUGUCUGCGGCGUCGGCUACAGUGCACAGCGACAUUUGUGUAGCGUGCUGCGCCAUUUGUGUGCUUGCGUAGCUUAGAGGGAGGGAUCGUCGAUUAUCUUUUUGAUUUUAAAUAUCAAAAUCAUGACACCCCUACUGCUGCAGCCCCUUUGCUGGAGAACUAAACUGAAACUCCUCUAUAACUCUGUAUUUUAGCGCCGUGGCUUUACUGCUUUUUACAACCUGACUGGUAGAAUUUAUACAUAAUGCGCACCGAAUCCUGAGGCCCACUGACUAUAGUUCGAAAAAUAUGGUAUAAGGACAGCCUCAUUUCUAUAGAAAAUUCGGCCCACUCUUUAUUUAUUAUUUGCUUAUCCAGACUGUUAACAUGUAAGUCAGCCAGUGUGUCGGCUCUUCAUGUGUAUCAAAGGUGCUUUUCAGUCCUUGGUCACUAAGGAGGACUUUUGUUUAUUAAUGACCAUACUGUUAGACUGUAAACCAUUGAUCUAAAGGUCUAGUAUUUGUCGUUUAGCCUUGGGUGGGAUUGUCUGCUCUAUUUAACACAGAUAAAUACUGACCUUUUAGGAACAGCAGUCACAGCUGCAAAACACAAUAAAGAUAUUUUAAGUUAAA